CGAGAGCGCAGGGGCGGUGAUCGCGGGGUGACGAGCGAGGGGCGCGGAGCUCCGGGAAGGGCGCGUGCGCGGGGACAGACCCUCGGGGGAGAAGGCAGGGCAAGGCCGGACGCGGGGGCCGGUGGUCUGGGCACCCAGCUUAGAAGAUGCACAAGAGGAAAGGACCCCCAGGUCGAGGCGCCGCCACCGCCCGUCAGCUGGGCCUGCUGGUUGACCUCUCCCCAGAUGGUCUGAUGAUCCCUGAGGAUGGAGUUAAUGAUGAGGAACUGGAGGCCGAGUUCUUGGCCUUGGUGGAGGGCCAGCCCCCAGCCCUGGAGAAGCUCAAAGGCAAAGGGCCUCUGCCCAUGGAGGCCAUUGAGAAGAUGGCGAGCCUGUGUAUGAGAGACUUGGACGAGGAGGAGGAGGAGGAGGAGGAGGGGACUGAUGAGGACGAUGUGGAGGCUGAUGAUGACCUGCUGGCGGAACUGAAUGAGGUCCUUGGAGAGGAGCAGAAGGCUUUGGAGUCCCAGCCUCCUUCGGCCCAGCCACAGCCCACAGCCCCCAGCCCAGGGAUGGAGGCCACCCUGCAGGAGAGACUAGCCCUCUACCAGACAGCAAUCGAAAGUGCUCGGCAAGCCGGAGAUGGUGCCAAGAUGCGGCGCUAUGACAGGGGCCUUAAGACACUCGAAAACCUGCUGGCCUCCGUCCGGAAGGGCAAUGCCAUCGACGAAGGGGACAUCCCACCACUGGUGGCUGUGGGCCGAAGCCUGGCAGCCAUGCCCAGCCACACCCCUGUGCCCACCCAGCCAGCCCCUGUGAACCUACCUGCCCCGGAGCCCAGGGUGAACGUGCAGGGUCCUCCUCCCACUGCCCCAGCCUCGUCCCCUGGCUCAGCAAAGCCCCAGCUGCCCCCAGGUCCUCAUGCUCCUGGAGUUCCUGAAGCCUCUCCAAGAGGUCCUUGCAGCUCUGGCCCCCCGGCCCAGUUGCAGAGCCGGCAGCGUGAGUAUAAGCUGGCUGCUCUCCAGGCCAAGCAGCAGGGAGAUACUGCCGCCGCCGCCCGACUCUUCCGUGUGGCCAAGAGCUUUGAUGCCAUCUUGGAGGCCCUGAGCCGGGGGGAGCCCGUGGACCUGUCCCGCCUGCCCCCUUCACCUGACCAGCUGCCGACAGACUCACCAUCACCACCUUCGCAGCCUCUGACUCCCACUACAGCGCCCUCGACACCAGAGGUGCCCCCACCCCCACGGACCCUCCUGGAGGCACUGGAGCAGCGGAUGGAGCGGUACCGCGUGGCUGCAGCCCAGGCCAAGACCAAGGGGGACCAGCGGAAGGCUCGCAUGCAUGAGCGUAUCGUCAAGCAAUACCAAGAUGCUAUCCGAGCCCACAAGGCUGGCCGAACCGUGGAGGUGGCAGAACUGCCCGUGCCCCCAGGCUUUCCUCCCAUCCAGGGUCUGGAGGCCACCGAGCCCACUCAGCAGAGCCUAGUGGGUGUCCUAGAGACUGCCAUGAAGCUGGCCAAUCAGGAUGAAGGCCCAGAGGAUGAAGAGGAUGAGGAGCCUAAGAAGCAGUCCACCAGCCCUGCAGCCCCCAUGGCCCAGCGCAAGGCUCCACCCUCAAGGGCACCAGCAUCAGGACCAGCCCCAGCAGCCAAAGCAGCCCCCAAAGGCACGUCCACCAGAGCUCAGCAGCAGCUGGCCUUCCUGGAGAACCGCAAGAAGCAGCUCCUGCAGGCUGCACUGCGAGCAAAGCAGAAGAAUGAUGUGGAGGGCGCUAAGAUGCACCUGCGCCAGGCCAAGGGGCUGGAGCCCAUGCUGGAGGCCUCACGCAAUGGGCUGCCCGUGGAUAUUGCCAAGGUGCCGCCUGCCCCAGUCAACAAAGAUGACUUCACCCUGGUCCAGCGGCCUGGCCCGGGUCUAUCUCAGGAGGCUGCCCGGCGCUACGGUGAGCUCACCAAACUGAUACGGCAGCAGCAUGAGAUGUGCCUAAACCACUCUAACCAGUUCACCCACCUGGGCAACAUCGCUGAAAUCAGCAAGUUUGAGAAGCUGGCAGAGGACUGUAAACGGAGCAUGGACACUCUGAAGCAGGCCUUCGCCCGGGGUCUCCCCACACCUGUUGCCCGCUUUGAGCAGAGGACCUUCAGUGUCAUCAAGAUCUUCCCUGACCUCAGCAGCAACGACAUGCUUCUGUUCAUCGUGAAGGGCAUCAACUUGCCCACACCCCCAGGGCUCUCCCCCGGGGACCUGGAUGUUUUCGUUCGGUUUGACUUCCCCUAUCCCAAUGUGGAAGAAGCUCAGAAAGACAAGACCAGUGUGAUCAAGAGCACAGAUUCCCCAGAGUUCAAGGAGCAGUUCAAACUCUGCAUCAACCGUGGCCACCGUGGCUUCAGAAGGGCCAUCCAGACCAAAGGCAUCAAGUUCGAAGUGGUCCACAAGGGGGGCCUGUUCAAGAACGACCGGGUCCUGGGCACAGCCCAGCUGAAGCUGGACACCCUGGAGACUACAUGUGAGGUCCGGGAGAUCAUUGAGGUUCUGGACGGCCGCCGGCCCACUGGGGGAAGGCUGGAGGUGAUGGUCCGGAUUCGGGAGCCACUGACAGCCCAGCAGUUGGAGACGACAACUGAGAGGUGGCUGGUCAUUGACCCCGUGCCGGUAGCUGUGCCCACGCAGGUCACUGGGCCCAAAGGGAAGGCCCCUCCAGUGCCUGCCCCUUCGAGGGAGCCAGGGAACAGACCAGCCCGGCCCCUGCACAGCCUCAGUGUGCUGGCCUUCGACCAAGAGCGUCUGGAGCGGAAGAUCCUGGCCCUCAGGCAGGCACGGAGGCCGGUGCCCCCUGAGGUGGCCCAGCAGUACCAGGACAUCAUGCAGCGCAGCCAGUGGCAAAGGGCCCAGCUGGAGCAGGGGGGUGCAGGCAUCCGGCGGGAGUACAUGGCUCAGCUGGAGAGGCAGCUGCAGUUCUACACGGAGGCCGCCCGGCGCCUGGGCAACGAUGGCACUAGGGAGGCUGCAAAGGAGGCGCUGUACAGGCGGAACCUGGUGGAGAGUGAGCUGCAGCGGCUCCAAAGGUGAGGGGCCGACAGGCGAGUGGCCCCAGCCCAGGGAGCAGCCCAGCAGCUGGGAGGAGCUGAGCGUGGCCCAGACCAAAUGAGCAGACAAUCAUC